AUGAAGAAUUGCAAAGCAGUUGCUACUCCCUUGAUUGUGAAUGAAAAGUUGUCAAAGGAAUAUGGAAGCAAAGAAGCUGAAGCAUCUUGUUAUAGAAGUUUGGUUGGAAGUUUGUUGUACUUAACUGCUAUAAGACCAGACAUCAUGUAUAAUACAAGUUUAUUGUCUCGGUUCAUGCACAGUCCGAGCCAAAUUCAUUUUGGGGUUGCAAAAAGAGUGUUGAGAUAUGUUCAAGGUACAUUUGAUUAUGGAAUUUUUUAUGAGAAAUUUGUUGAUGCAAAGUUACUUGGAUUUUGUGAUAGUGAUUGGGCCGGAUGUGUUGAUAAUAUGAGAAGCACUUCUGGGUAUGCAUUUUCUCUUGGAUCGGGCGUAAUUUCAUGA